UGGGCGAGUGUCGUCAGGAGGGGUGUGACCCCACCUGGCCUCUCUGGUACCGGCCCAACUGUCUGGUCGUAACAUCAGGUCUCCUCUCCUUUGGCCAAGUCCCUUUGGCCUUUAAGUAUCGCGUCGCUAAAUCAAAAUCUGGUCGCUCGUCGACGGAACGUCGCCACGCUCUUUUUGCGUCUCUCCUUCCUUGUUCCGUGGACAUGCCUUCUUGUUCUUAUUGUGAGUCGCGCGGCAUGGUGCGUUGCGCUGUCUCGCCGCAAGACUCUUCUCGUUGCAUUGAAUGCCUUCGUGUCAAUCGGUCUGGUUGCGACGUAUUGGGGGUGUCCAACGCCCAAUUGCGCAACAUCGGUCGGCAGCAUUCGAAGCUGGAUGCGGAGGUCGAGGCUCUGGAGGAGGACAUUUUGGCGGAGCAGCAGAGGAUUCAGGAGAAGCAACUGAAACUGCUUCGUUUGCGGAAACAAAAGAAAUUGUGGUUUGAGAAAAUGAUGCGAGCUGUGUCUCGCGGAAUUGAUGACUUGGAGGAAUUGGAUCGGGUGGAGCGUGAGGAGGCGGCACAGGAGGAGCGUCGGCGAUCAGCCGAGGUCCUGCCUGAAGUGUCCUUGGAGUCGCUGCUUCCGGAUUCCAAUUUUGUCUGGGAUUUGACUUUCCCGAUGGGUCCUCUGAAUCCUUCGUUGUUGGAUGAGAUGAAUGUUCUUGCGCAACAUUCCGUUGGUUCGUCUGGUGGUAUGGUUUCGAGUCCUGGUCGGCCCUUAACUUCUGGGAAUGAUCCAACUCCUGAUAGUAUUGGCGGAGCGGUUCCUGGCAAUCCUGGAGGUGGUUAAGGGGUUCCCAAGUGUUUUCUUCAUGCCCAUAGUUUUCCCAUUUAACAAGGUACUCUGUUUUGCCGUGGUUUCGUCUGUGGUCGAGUAUUCGUUCAACGUUGUAGGUUUGUUCUGCGUCGAUCUCGAUCGUUUCUUGUGUGCUGGUGCCGUGUGGUGCUGGUUCCAGUAGUGAUACGUGAAAUGUGGGGUGAAUUUUCAUGGUGUCUGGUAAUAACAGUCUGUAGUUGGUGUCGCUGAUUUUCUUGCUGAUUUUAAAAGGUCCAAACUUCUUAAAAUCGAGCUUGCUGUUAGGUCGUUGUGUUUUGAUGUUGCGUCGAAUGAGGUAGACGCUAUCUCCCUCCUUGAAGGAUGGUCCCUUCAUCCGAUGCUGAUUGGCGUAUUUCAUCAUUCUUUCUCGUACGAACUCUAGUUCCUGCUGGAGUUCUUUGU